AUGCAGUUGCGCUGGAGCGACCACCUGGUGCGCAUGGACAACGAGUGACUACCAGAACGCCUCUACUACGUAGACGUCGCGACGGGUUCUCGUCGUCACGGAGGCUAGAUUCGCCGUUCAAAGGAUACCCUGAAGUCCUCCCUGAAGCGCCUGCAAAUCAACCCGACCAACUUGGAAGAGCUCGCCCGCGAUCGUCCGACAUGGAGGAGAACAGUGAAGACGGGCGCUGCUAUCCACGAAGCCAACCGCAUAGCCGCCGCCAAAGCGAAACGCGAAACCCGCAAAUCACAUCUUCGCCCAGUAAGCAACGCCGCGGCACAACCGCUUCCAAAGUGUCCUCGAUGUCAACGGACAUUCCGGGCUCGAAUCGGACUUGUUGGACAUCUUCUAAUCAACUGCACCUCUCGAACUGAACCAAACUUUAUCCCCCUGCCCGCCUCUUCCUCCCCGCUGCCGCCAACUAACUCUGACAAUUCUUCUGAACCACCACUUCCAUCCUCCUCCUCCUCCUCCUCCUCCUCCUCCUCCUACUCUUCCUCCUCCUCCUCCUUCUCCAUCUCCUCCUCCCCCACUGUCCCAUCGGCGGCCGCUCAGGCGGCCGUCUCGCACAUCAACUCCGACACAACAACCGACACCACACCCACCUCUCCCGAUUCUAGUGAUGAGGAUCAGGACUAA